AUGGCGUGUGCUGAAGUGGUGCUCCUGCGCGACUCCUGCAGCGCGGUGCAGGUGCUCCUCGAGGUGCACCGAAACGAAAGGAAUAGGGAAGUGCGGAACUCUCUCGCCGGCCACGUGCUGCGGGCCCUCGCCGCGGAGGCGACGUUUUCCAUCAGGCACGGAGCGCGGGACUUUCCCCCUUUAUUGCUUUUCUGCGUCGACGGCGUCUGCUACGUUGCCCUCCCCCCGCCUGGUCGCUUCUUCAUUGACUUUUGCUUGGCGUGGGGCCGCCACGCGCACUACGGGCAGGCGCGGCAGUACGCGGCGUGCUGCAGAAUGGCGAUGCUGCAGACCGUGGGCGGCGGCUGGGCCUCGCUGCGCCGCGCAGACAAGGCCCUGGCGUGCGCCGUCAUGCUGUACGCGACGGCGGCACGCAUCCACGACGCCGCCACGCAGCGGAAGUGCCGCGUGUUCGUUGGGUGGGCGCACCUCUGGAACGGCGAUGUGCGGCGGGCGCUUGACAUUUUCGAGCAGCAGCGGCGGGAGGCGGAGGUGGAGGGCGACGCCGUGCAGGAGCGCCGCUGCAUCUCUGCCAUCCACCACGCCCGCCACAACCCGUCGGUUGUUGUCGCCGGUGGCGCGAGGGGUCGCGGCGGGUUUCACCUCUCCGAGUGUUGGGCCGAACUCUUCGCGUGA